AUGUAUAACGUUUGCUUAUUAACUCUUGCUUUUCUCUUGCUCUCUGGAUUAUCAAUCACGACAUUGGCCCGAGUACAAUACCAAUCUCCAAAGUCAGAAUUAGGUGAAUGGAUUUGGGAUCAGAAGGUGAUCAAAGAUAUCAAGAUUGGAGCAGACCCCAGUUGUUCACUGAUUGGACCAGGAAGAAGACCACCAAAUAGGCCAGGCUCACCAAAACGAUGUACUUAA